GCAUCCGCAUAUAAAAGGUGGCCAACGUCUUGAGAUUAUCAUCACUACUCUUCAACUGUUUCCAGCAGAGCAGAACAGCAGAAUCUUCUUCAAACAAAAAUGAAAUUCAUCAUCGUUGCCGCCUUGUUCUCCGUUGCCUUAGCUGCAAAAUUGGAUGAACCAAUCGCUAUCGUCUCGUCCAACAUUGAGAUGAAAGAGGAUGGAAGCUAUUCUUUUGAUUUUGAAAGCGCUGACGGAACUAAGGUUCAGGAAAGUGGAAGCCAGAAGCAAGUUGGACCUAAACCAGAGGAUAUCGGCACUGUUUCCAAGGGAUCUUAUUCCUACACCUCCCCCGAUGGCGUCGUCAUCACCGUCAACUGGGUUGCUGAUGAGAAAGGUUUCCAGGCUACCGGUGACCACUUGCCCACUCCUCCCCCGAUGCCCGAACAUGUCGUCAAGCUCCUCGCUGAUUUGAAGGCUGCCGGCGCUUUGUAAACAGUCCAAAUUACUUUCUCUUUAUGUGUACAUAACAUCUGUAUUAUUUCAUUUACAUACAAGAAGGGAGAAACAAAUAUAGUAAACAAUGCAAAAUAA